AUGGCAGACAAGCUCUUGCGAGACAGGUCAACAGUACACGCGAUGCCUUCUCCGGGCCCUCUGAGCAUUGAUGCACGGGAACAUAACUUAGAACAAUCUAUUCGGACACUGGGCCGCAACAAGAAAUCGCUUUUUGUUGAAAACACCCUUUUAGAACUUCUCGGCUCCCUGGCCUCACCCAUAACGGCAGGCAACUCGAACAAAUUCCCUAUGGCUACGCAAGAUUCAGACGACAGCUUCGUUGAAUCCAUAGAAAUACCGUCCUCCAUUAAGGAUAUCUACACCGCGGCUUGCAGAAAUGAUCAGUCUAUCGCAGAAUCCUUGUCCAUCCCUUCUGAUCGAAUAUCUGCCACGUUGCUGGUACAGGGCCCUGGGAGGGAGGUUAUAGCCAAGAUUGAAGAACAGUCAUUGCGCUCCAAUAUUGAACUGGUGACUGCUGUGAACGACAAAGACCACACUGCUGGUUUCUACCUCUUGGACGGUGUUUCCAGAAAGGUUCUCUAUUCAGCGACCCAGAAAGGUGUGGACACAACACAGCCCAUCGCAUCUGUGAUGUCUGAGAACUGGUUUGUUUACUCCUUCUUCGGCGAUGUUACCGACGAGACUUCUGCCAAGGGUUACCAACUUGUGAUCUCGGAGCUUUACGAGUCAUCUAUCCCCAACGACCGCGGUCCUUUGGAUUACGCUGCAGACUUCUCCAGUCUCAAUGGUGCUAGUGAUGCCAGCCCCCCGCUUCCUCACGUUAUCUCCCAAGCCUUCAUCAUCCCUGAGCCUAUCUCCCACAUGGCUGUCACCCAGACUCGCCAGGGAAUUACUACCCGCCAGCUCCUUUGCACUCUGCCAGAGUCGAGCUCCAUCGUUGGCAUUCCUCGGCCUGUUUUAGACCCCCGCCGCCCCGUCGACCGAGACCCAACCGCUUCCGAGGCAGAGGAAGGUCUUUUCCGUUAUGCCCCACUGCUCGAGUUUGAUGGCAAGUGGUUCAUCACUCAUGCUCGUGAUGUUUCAGAUAUCAAGACAGUACUCUCCGAGCCCACUCUUCUUGAGAGUACCAACCUCAUCUUUGCAUUCGGUGGCGAUAUUUUCGGUACAAGAGCCACCCCUAGCCAAGCCUUUGAUGUUCUUGGCAAGAGCUUUUCCAAAUUGCAGCUCAUUCUUGCAGUGGUAGCGUUGGCAAUCGGUGUGGCUUUCCUAGCCCCCAUGAAGCAGGUCAACUUGCUGUGGAAAGCGAAUUAG